CUAAUUGAUUUCCCAAUAUCAAUAUCAAAAUAUAUAAUCAUAUUUCCAAACUCUUCUACCCUUGUCAACUCAAUCCUGCCCACUAUGUCCGACAACAACGCUCAAUACACCCCCGACGUCGCCGACGAUACCUACAAGUCCCGCACCGGGCAGAACGAGAUCCGCGUCCAGAGCGACGACGCUCCUGUCAACGACCCCAUCGAUGCAGGUACCGCAGACUCGGAUGAGCAGCUAGUUCGUGAUGACCAAGACGCGAUCGACAAGUCCAACAUCAUUAAGGAUCGCACGCGCGGCUUGUCCAAGCAGAAUUAUGCGGAGCCCAGUGAUGACGAGGGGUUGCCGGGACCAGAGGAUGGGACGUCGAGUGGGCGGCAGUGAGGGAGGCAGAGGAAUGAUGGGAGUAGCCAUUUAAAUGGACGGUGGGGUUGUUUUAUGCAUGUCACUGAGAUGGAGUCAUAUGUGCAGGAAAGGUAGCAAUUUGUACAGUACUAGGUCAUAAGUUUGCGCACAUGAAGUUAUCACUGUUUUGGCUUCAAUUUUGCUCACUCGACGCCAAUGUGAGGAGUACCUAAGUAGCCCAGAUAGUAAGCAGCC